AAAGACUGUAUGAUGUCACAAAGAAGCCUUUAUGGUGUCGUCAUAUAAAGUACUUUGAUUCCUUUCAUCUGUUGCAUAUUUACCAACUUAUUCUCAUCACAUUGUGAUAGUAUCAAAGACACACAGAGUGGGAUUUACUUGCGAAGAUGGUUGAACACAUUCAUCACUUUUUGACCUAUGCCGCUGCCAGGUCUGCAUGGGUAAUUUCCAGCUCCUCGUCAAGGAGAAUAAUCCGUUACUGGAUGGAGGUCUAUUUGGGAUGAGCAGCGAACAGAAAUAUUCCAGAUCAGACACCAAUGCCUCCGUUCCUUUGACCCGAAACAAGCCACAAAACCAACGUGUGAUUUGUAACCGAGGAUUCAUUUAUCAUGUCAGAGUUCCGCGUGAGGAUCCACAGGAAAAUCCGAUAAGUCUUACAGCUUCUGAGUAUGAGAGGCUUCUGGCAAGGGUCAGGGGUCCAAGUUUCUUGGAGAAGGAGAAGGAGGCUUUUAGAAAGGCUUCUCAGAAAAGGAAAGAUGAUACUAAGGCUGCGGAAGAAAGGAGGCGUCAGAUCAUUGAGAAGGACCUUUACGCUUUUAAGGUGGAGACACAGACUGACGUGCAGUCCAAAAGGCAAGGUUUUGAGCGGUAUCGACACAUGCGCUGCAAAGCUCAAAUGGAGAAGGACAAUCAGAUCCUAAGAAUGGACAUCCGUAUUCAGAAGUGUAAGAUCCAAGCCGAGCUUGACACCCAGCUUCAAUGGAAAAAACAAUGCGAGGCUGUCGAGUACGCCAAAGAGAAGGCUGAGUUUGAGCGGGAGCUUAAUCAUCACCAGGAGAUGCUCAUCAGGCACGAGGAGAAGGAGAUAAAGCGCCAGGUGGAGGCACGCCACCAUCUGGAUGUUCUAUCGGGGCAGAUAAGGGAACGGGAGCAAAUUGCGAGCGCCAACCGUCGGGAGAGGAUCGCAAUAGCUCAGAGCCUUAACGAGGACGAUCGGAUGAAAAUAAAAUGCCUUGAUGAGCUCAAGGAGGAGAGACUGACUGAGCUCAAAGCUAGCGGGAUCCCGGAAAAAUACUGCAAUUAUGUGAGGAGAAAGACCACACAAGAGGAAGCCAAGCGCUUGCAGUUUCAGUACCUCGCACAAUGAUCUCCCA